UCUGGAUACAUCGUGGGUUUCCCUUCUCUCGCCUUGAUCGCGUUUAUCUCUCCCUUCCUACAACAACCGCAGCCGGCCGUGCUCUCAUCUCAGCACCGCAUCGCCCUCGCUGUCUCGGCCUCUCUCUUACUGGCCCCUCGCAUCCGCGCAAGCCCUACCCCUUUCCUUUCGUUGACCCACCACGGCGACUCAUCCGUCUAGGUAGGUGAUUUCUUCUCCUUUCACUUUCCGCGUUGUGCCGUAUCCGCGCGCGGUGCAGCUGCAUGGAGGAUGAGCCGACGUGACGGCGGAAUAGUUCAGUCUGUCCUCCUUCGGCCUUGGUGUCUCUCGGGACGACACUCCCCAUAAAAACACGGAUAUAUGCCUGGCGCUCGAAUGGCCGAAGCUGACGCGGCAUGUAGUAUAUAUACUCUCCCGUGAUGUCGGCCAGCGCUAUGCCCGAUAGUCUUGCUAGGGCACCACGCCGCCGCAAGCCAACGAAGACCUGGCUCAUCGAGGAGAACGUGAGGCUCCUCUUCCUUAUCAUGCAUGGGUAUGACCGCCACAUAACGGUCAAGGGGUGGAAAGCUAUCGGCGACAAGGCCCAGAUCGUUUUCAACGGGAAGUACACCGAGUCGGCGGUCAGGCAGCAGUUCCGGAAGCUGCGCCGAAAGUUCUUCAACGAUUACGGCGACAAGAUCGGCUACGGCAACAAGGCCGAAGUCGACAAUGAGCCCAUCCCCAAGACCCGCAAGGCCCGCAAGACUCCUAAGACUGCGGUCCUCGCUGGCCGGGAGCCCUCUGUCGUAAUCAUAGACGACGACAGUGAUGAGGACUCUAGCGGCGAGGGCCAGAGCGACGCGCCAGAGGCAAAGAGGGCCCGAAUUGCGCUACCGGAAGCCAAUGACGACGAUGCGCCCGCUCCCGUUCCCGACCCUGACCCUGACCCUGACCCCGAGGUCAGGCCCGAGCCCGAGAUCGUGUCCGACCCUGAACCGAAGCCUAAGACUGAGACUGAAACCGAGCCCCAACCCGAGCACUGGCAUCAGGAUGAGCUCGUGCAUCGGCAUCAGCAUCAGCAUCAGCAUCGGCAUCAAUAUCCGCAUCAGUAUCGGCAUGAGCCUGAACGCGGCACCGACGGGAAGGAGUAUUCUAGCGACUCUAGCGACUCUAGCGACUCUAGCGACUUAGACGGCGUCAUCUAAGAGUCGUCUUGGAACCGCCGCGGCUUCAGGAUCCCAGGACCCCGAGAAGGCCAGAAGGUCGUAGAAAGUAAAAAGUCGAAAGAUAAUCUGAAAGCAUUAUUUUGAAACAGA